AUGUCAACACCUGAAAUCACAAAUAUGUCAAAUAAACUAAGUCCAUUUGGAAGUGGGAUAAACAAAAGGCUUCUAACUCCCUGCAGAAGAAUAGGAUUAUCAAGAAAAAGAAAAACUCCUAGUAGUAUAGUAAAAAUAUUAUCAGAAGAAUCUGGAAACACAGCUGAAAAUUCUCCAACAACGCCAAUAAACACCAAAAAGAGGUUAAUUAUAAAAAGAAGCAAUACAAAUUCUGAUAGUUUCAGUCCAUUAUCUAUACUGAAAAUAGCAGGUCCUUCUGUGAAAGAUUCUAUAAAAAAAAACUUGGUCCAGAAUUUUUCUAAAGAUUUGAUAAUCGAAAAAAAAACUAUCAUAGAAGACAUGGAACCUGGUAUGUGUUCAAUAAAUAUUGAUGAAGUGAUGCUUGCAGAGCCACAACUUCAUUGUGAAAUAGAAACCAAGCUUAAUAAAAAGAGUAUUGCUGGAAACAUAUCAAAUAGUAACCCUUGUUUGGAAGAGAAUGAAUGUAGAUCAGAUAACAGUUUAUCUGAUGAUGAUUUUCAAACCAAUGUUAAAACUGUUAAAAAAUUGAAGACAAAAGAAUCAUUCAAAGACAAAAAACUCAGUGUGGCUAGAGGUGUGGCUAAAAUGCAUACAAAAUCAAAAAGUGAGGAUCUUGUUGAACAUUUGAGGGAGUGUAAAAUAUUCAUACCUAAGUUGAGUAAUGAAGAUAUAAACUGCAUGGGGAAUCAUAAUUUGAGUGAAAAUAUUCCAGAUGAUUUAUCUGAUGAUGAGAUUGUGGGGAAAAUUAAAAAAAAAAGAAUGAUUAUAUCAUCUGAUGAAGAAGGUGAUUUUUGUGUAGUACCAAAAAAGUGUAAAAUCUCACCUAUUGAGGAUGAAACUGGACAAAAUAAAAAAAGCCAAAAAGUUAAAUGUAAUAGCCCAAAAGUUUCUAACACAGCUACUAAUUUGCCAACAGUUAUUAACAUAUCAGAUGAUGAUGACUUCACUUCAACACCUGACCAUGACAAAUUUCAGAAGAGAGAUUUAAUGGACAAAGUGAAAUAUUUGGAAACUCAAAUGAAAGAAAAGAGAAAAAAACUAGAAGAUCUCAAACAAGCAUCUGUUUAUAAAACAAAGCACAAUGUUGAAGAGCUCAUGAUGCUAGUAGGAAAAUGGAAAGAAGGUUGUGUUUUGGGUCUAAAUGGCUUAUUAACUCAGUUAAAAAAUCAUGGGCCUAUAGACAUGCCAUUGCUUUUAAAAAAUCUACAAAUCUCUAAUGAAGUAGUUAUAAAAUUAGGUCUGAAUGUGCCUGCUAACUAG